GCUUGAGAAGGUUGAGAGACAUUUCUACCUUGUGUCAAUCUCCAUACCACCCAGCCACCAUUCUGCAAAUAGCCGUUGUGCUGAACCUUAAUUAACGGGCACUAUGGGCAUGGCAGGCACUGUCGCCAAUGGCGGCGCUCCUCGGCCCUCGAAGAUCCCCUAUUGGCGCCUUGUCUUCGACCAGAAAGUCGUCACCCCGGAGAUCAUCGAUUUUAACUACGAAGGGUUAGGGACAGAAGAAUCGCCCUAUGUCGUCACCUGGCUUCCUAAUGAUCCUCGAAACCCUAUGGCUUUUGGUAAUCUCUCAAAAUGGCUAUAUACUAUUCUAGUUUCCUUCGUGACCCUUACUGUCGCCCUGGUGUCAUCAGCAUACUCGGGAAGUAUAAGUCAGGUUGUUAUAGAGUUUCAAUGUGAGGAAGAGGUUGCCAUCCUCGGUAUCUCGCUAUUCGUUUUGGGCUUCGCCUUUGGCCCGCUACUAUGGGCUCCGAUGAGCGAGGUGUUCGGACGCCGUAAUGUUUUCUCAGUGACCUUUGCGCUUCUCACAGCUUUCAAUGCAGGGGCUGCGGGUUCAAAGAACAUUCAAACGCUGGUCAUCCUUCGCUUCCUGGCCGGAUUCUUCGGAUCUUCACCGUUUGGCAACGCGGGCGGAACGAUUGCAGAUUUGUUCCCCGCUGCCAAACGUGGUAUCGCUAUCAGUCUCUUCGCUGCAGCACCUCUUUGCGGACCUACUAUUGGCCCUGUCAUCGGUGGCUUUCUUGGCGCUGGAGCAGGCUGGCGCUGGGUGGAAGGAUUCCUGGCAGCCUUUUCCGGCGUGAUGUGGUUAUGCCUUAUCUUCUUCCUGCCGGAGACAUAUGCACCAGUUCUCUUGCGCCGACGGGCUGAAAAGCUGUCUGAAUUGAGUGGCAAGGUCUACCGCAGUAAACUGGAUAUGGAGAGAGGCAAGGUGUCUCUAGGCCAAGCAUUGAAGACCGCCCUGUCACGACCCUGGCUCAUGCUCUUCAGAGAACCCAUUGUGCUGCUUCUCUGUAUCUACAUGGCCAUCAUCUAUGGAACGCUUUACAUGCUGUUUGCAGCUUAUCCUAUCGUCUUUCAAGAGGCACGCGGUUGGAGUGAGGGUAUUGGAGGCUUGGCCUUCUUGGGUAUCCUAGUCGGAAUGGUGAUUGCAGUUGCUCUCACUAUUCCCGACAAUCUGAAUUAUGCGAAGAAGUGUCAACAAGCCAACGGCCGUCUGCCUCCCGAGGUUCGUCUGCCCCCAAGUAUCUUGGGAGGAAUUGCCCUACCUAUUGGUCUUUUCUGGUUUGCCUGGACCAACUACCCGUCCAUCCACUGGAUGGCAUCUGUGGCUGCAGGUGCCCCAUUCGGGUUCGGCUUGGUAUUGGUAUUCCUGAGUGUUUUCAACUACCUCAUUGACGCAUACACGAUCUAUGCCGCAUCGGUUCUGGCGGCGAACUCGGCUCUCCGGUCUUUGCUCGGCUUUGCGUUCCCAUUGUUCACGACCUACAUGUACGAGAACCUCGGUAUCCAUUGGGCUUCCUCAAUCCCCGCGUUUUUGUCGCUUGCGUGCCUUCCUUUCCCUAUCGUCUUCUACCUGUAUGGUGCCCGCAUCCGCAAGCGCUGCCUCUAUGCUGCCCAGGCAGAGGCGUUCAUGCAGAGACUUGCUGCUGCGGCGCAGCAAAGCUCGGCUCCUCCACCCAAGUCUGACGUGGAGAAGGGGGAAUCUGCCGCUGGAGCUGAUAAUGGUAUCAGCGACGAUAGUGACAGUGACAGCCUUUCCAGUAUGCCUUCUAGGGGUGCAAUGGAACGGCGGGCGUCGCGUGCUUCCAAGAAAUCCACUCACUCUCUUGCUCGUACAGUCACAUACGAGGAGAAUCCGUACGAUAUUGAUCGAGUCAAUACGUGCAACUCUACUAUCAGCGGUCGUUCUAGGAAGAAUUCGACCAAGGCAUGAGGUCAUACUCCACACUUGAGCCUGUGGGGCAAUAUCACACAAAAGUCUCAGGGCACCACCAAAGAUGUGAUGCCAAUCCAUAUAGCUAGAUAUUAUUUUUGUGCUUUGUAUGCACUUACUAAAUGUGCGAAUGGGUACGUUCGCGAGAGAAUCAUAUGCUGGUAAAGCCCGCAGCUUAUACAUGGAGCCCUGCAGCAGAGAGCUGUACCCUUCGCGGCGUACGCUUGGAAACGACAUCUGAGCCGUGAGAAUCGCCUAACUGGCUACAGCAUGGUAGCUAGGGCAUUGUUCUUGAGCGAGCUUGAUAAUGACCUCCAUGAUGAGGUCGAUGGGGUUCUUCUUCCAUGUCGUGAAUUUGCAUUGGCGCAUGACUAUUUCACUAUCUCAGCGUUCUGCUUACACAUUGAUAUACCUUC